AUGAAGUUUGCCAAAGUCUUAGAAAAGACCUUGAUGGAGGAAGAUGUGCCAGAAGAUUGGUUGGAGGCAGCAAUACAGUACAAGGCGUUAAAAAAAUGUAUUAAUAAAGUGGUUAGUGAACUAGAAUUCUUGGGUCUUGAGCAUAAUACUUUGAAGUUGAUCUUGGAAGAUUCUGACAAGCAUGAAAUUAAAGAAAUAGAUGAACAAGAGACUACUGCUAGCAAUCCUAUAAUCGCUGAAUAUACACUUACGAAAUCAAAUGGCAAGAAGAGCGAGCAUAUAGUGCCUAUGUUGAAAAUUCUGCUUGAUUAUAGCAAUGCAGAUUACUCCGAUGAUCACAUAUACGAACAAGGUCUUGAAUUGAAACGAAGAAUAGAGGGGCUUCUUUAUAGAGGUAGCGAUUCAGAUGACGACAAUAUGAAUGGCCAGAGGCUUAUAGAGGUGAAGGAAGAUGAAGAUGAGGCCUUGGUAAUCUCACCACAAACUUCUUGGCCCCAAUCACCUGUUAUUAAAGAGGAAGUGAGGGAAGUUAUAGACAAUGACCAUAAAGAUACAAGCGAUGAGUCUCCUAAAUCUAAAAAAAGGGUGAAUGAGAUCUACAUAAUGCUUAAUUCAGAUGUCAAGUUCUUUCAAAUGCUAGAUGAUGAAUUAGAAGGCUUGGAUCAGCUUAAGGCAGCUGAGGAAGCCAAGUUGAUUCAGGAAGUUGAGAAAUUAAGAGGUAUGGUUCAGGAAUUCGCAGAUCCCAAAAGGAGAAAAGAUUUGUAUACUUGGAGAGAAUUGUUUAAGAUUUAUUUGGACUCCGAAGUGUACUUCAAAUACAAUGAAACCUCGAGCCCUGCAUUUGAACGAAGUAUCGACCAAGUCAAGGAAAAUAUGCAACACUUUAUUGAUAAUGUUAAUAAGUCAAAUGUCUUAACUCAGUUUAGAAGUAAGAAAGGUAUUUUAACAUAUGAUCAGUUUUUAAGUUUGAAUUACCACCUAUUCAAGGUUUUGCAGUUUCAAUCUAUUAAUCUAACCGCACUCAGGAAGAUUUUGAAGAAAUUUGACAAGCAAACAGCUUUAGGUGUUCAAAAUCAAUUUCCAAGGUUGGUUUCUGCAGACCAUGUCUUUAUAACUGGAAAAUCGUUGGCUCAGUCGAUAUGCUACGUGUUGCAAAGCUCAGUUGUUGAAUUGGUCCCACAAAUAGAUGACUAUAUCUGCCCCAUCUGUUGCUCGAUUGCUUUCAAACCUAUUAGAUUAGAAUGUGGGCACGUCUUUUGUGUUCGCUGUUUAGUCAAAUUGAAGCAGCAGCAGAAGACAAGCUGUCCAUUUUGCAGAGCAGAACAUGUUAUUGAAAAUGCUGACGGCAGGAAUCUAGAUUUGGAGACUAUGGAGAAGAUGAAGAAGUUCUUCCCCAUUGAAGUUAAAGAAAAGCUCAAGGAAAGAGAUAAAGAGAAGUACGAAGACCUAAUCGGUAACGGUAAAUGUACAAUAAUGUAA